AUGGACUUCAUGUCGUUCGGCAGUUCAAUGAAAUGUCCCGACCAUAAUUUCUUGCCUAUUGGAAGAAAAGGAGGCGGCCGCCGCAAGGAGGAGCAUCGCCACCACCACAUCGUACGCAAGAAAGUCGAGGAGGAACAGGACUUCGAAGAAACAGAAGUCAAAGAAGUGAAACACAAACGGAAAACUUUCAAGGAGCAAGAACUAGAGUCAGAGACCGACAGUUCCAGCAGUUCCAAGAAAUCCUCGGAGAAUGACAGCGCCAGCUCUGGCUUUGAGAGAGACCAGAGUGAGCAGUUCUCGGAGAAGAAAGAAGUGAAACAGAAACGGAAAACUUUCAAGGAGCAGGAGCUAGAGUCAGAGUCCGACAGUUCCAGCAGUUCCAAGAAAUCCUCUGAGAAUGACAGCGCCAGCUCUGGCUUUGAGAGAGACCAGAGUGAGAGGUUUUCGGAGAAGAAAGAGUUUAGCGAGAGUGAGAGGGAGAGCCAGAACAGAUUUGGAGAACGCAGGAGAGUCAGCAUCAACCCACUCCCAGACCCGAACCUUCCGGACCUGGACGAGUCUACCCCAGGAGUCGAGGACGUCGACCUGUUCGGCAAGCCACAGCGGCCGGUUCCACCACAGGGACCCGAACAACCGAGCGAACCGAAAUGGCCUCUGUGGUCAGCGGGACCUGACCAGCCAGACCAGUGGUCAGCGGGACCUGACCAGCCAGAUAAACCCCAGUGGUCAGCGGGACCAGACCAGCCAGACAAUCCCCAGUGGUCAGCGGGACCAGACCAGCCAGACAAACCCCAGUGGUCAGCGGGGCCUGACCAGCCAGACAAACCCCAAUGGCCGGCGGGACCUGAACCGCCAGUUAAUCCCCAAUGUGGUCAUCGGGACCAGACCAGCCAGACAAAACCCAAUGGCCAGUGGGACCAGAACCGCCAGUUAAUCCCCAAUGGUCAGCGGGACCAGACCAGCCAGACAAACCCCAGUGGUCAACGGGACCUGACCAGCCAGACAAACCCCAGUGGUCAGCGGGACCUGAACCGCCAGUUAAUCCCCAGUGGUCAACGGGACCAGACCAGCCAGACAAAACCCAAUGGCCAGUGGGACCAGAACCGCCAGUGA